ACUGAUGUAACUUUCAUUUCCUGAUCGGUAAGGGGUCACACACAUGACUACAGAGUUUGUGUAGACUCCACUUUACAAAACUGAACCUUCUUCACACUACUGCUGGACUAAAUUUACAGUAAAGGAUGUUUCGCACGCUGUGUCGGACCGGAGGAGCUCUGCUGCAGCAAACCCAGCGGGCCACGCCGAGGUUGUGGGUUACACCAGCUCAGCAGCGAUGGGCGUCCAGCCUGCCCAUGAACACUGUGGUCCUGUUUGUGCCUCAGCAGGAAGCCUGGGUGGUGGAGAGGAUGGGUCGCUUCCACCGCAUCUUAGAGCCGGGUUUAAACUUCCUCAUACCUGUACUUGAUCGAAUUCGCUACGUGCAGAGUCUCAAAGAGAUUGUCAUCGAUGUCCCGGAGCAGUCUGCAGUAUCUCUAGACAACGUAACGCUACAGAUUGAUGGAGUGCUUUACCUAAGGAUCCUAGACCCUUUUAAGGCCAGUUACGGUGUGGAGGAUCCAGAAUAUGCCGUCACACAGUUGGCACAGACGACCAUGAGGUCAGAGCUGGGCAAACUCACGCUGGACAAAGUGUUCAGGGAAAGGGAGUCCCUCAAUUCCAACAUCGUCCACUCCAUCAACCAAGCUUCAGACGAGUGGGGGAUCCGUUGCCUCCGCUAUGAAAUCAAAGACAUACAUGUUCCACCUCGUGUCAAAGAGUCGAUGCAGAUGCAGGUGGAGGCUGAGCGCAAGAAGAGAGCCACAGUGCUGGAGUCCGAAGGGACAAGGGAAUCGGCCAUUAAUGUCGCUGAGGGUCGUAAACAAGCUCAGAUCCUGGCCUCUGAAGGACAAAAAGCAGAGCAGAUCAAUAAAGCGGCUGGUGAAGCCCAAGCCGUGUUAGCCAAAGCAGAGGCUAAAGCUAAGGCGAUCCGGAUGCUGUCCGAGGCGCUGACCCAGCAGAAUGGAGACGCAGCAGCCUCGCUAAGCGUGGCCGAGCAGUACGUGUCUGCUUUCUCCAACCUCGCCAAAGAGUCCAACACCAUCCUCCUGCCCUCAAACACCGGCGACAUCAGCGGCAUGGUCACACAGGCUAUGACCAUCUACGGCACGUUGGCAAAGACGAGUCAAAAAAAAGCGCCAGAAGCGGUGGAGGAGAAGAGCGAAGCCCAUGAGAACCAGUUACCUCAAUAGCAGAGGACUCGCAGAAUGAACUCAUAAGCAGUAAUAACGACAGCGAACCAGGGGAGAGCAGCUUGUGUUUCAGUUAUCGGGGCUCCAAGGCGUCACCGUGUGACGUUCACGCACCUUCUACAGCCAGGACAGAAGGAGAAAACACCAACUUUACAAACGUUUUGGACGUCUUGGAGUCUUGGGAAAAUGACAUCUUUUGUAAGAAGAUUUUUAAUUAUCACUGACUAUUCUUUACGUUCAGUUAUCAGAUUGGGAGAUAACACCAGCUUUCUUUGGCGGGCUGAUAAAAUGGAGAUAUUGAUGACAGGGUUUUGGGUAUAUAAGCCACAGUGGCCAGUGGAUGAUGAUGUGAGGCCUGGGUGUUGUGCAGUAUCCAAUUUAUUUGCAUAAAGUCAUUAUUUGUUGGUUUAUUUCAUGCAUCAGAUCUGUUGCGUGUGGUUAAUAUUGUUGCAUAAAUCCUACUAGAAUUGGACGUGAAAGUUUUCAGUUUGCUGUAUUUCCAAAUUUAAGUGAUAGAUACAGUUGGGUUAAAUGUUUCCUCCUUUUGCAACCUGUUCUCCAGGGCUUGUUUUCAGUUUUGAUACGGCUUGUUUGUCAGCAUCAUUGGGACCAGCAGAUUUAAGUUUCUACAUGUGAUGUCUGGUUUGAUGCCUCUGACUGAGGGAAAGUUCCCCAAAGUGUAGUUAAUUCACAAUUUAGCCCUUGUUAGAUUAAAACAUUAUCUCCCCGAGAAAAAAGCUAAACAAGUAUUCAGUAAAGUUAUUUCCCUGCUAUUAUUCAGAAACAAAUCCUUUUUUAUAAGUAGUUAGUACACAAAGUCGGCCCUAAGAACCAAUAUUCUUCUUUAUGUCUUAUGGAGUAUAUUUAUUCAGUUUCAUGGCUCUCCACAAACACAGCAAGUUGUCAUUUCCUCGGCUUCACUGCUGCUCACAGGUUUAGGAUGAAUAAUGCAAACAUGAAAUUGGCGCGGGUGCCAUUUUGGCGAGACUUUGAAGUUAUGACGUGUUGGGAUGGGACAUUGUGAAGCACUUGUUGAAAAUACAGUUUGUUAGAGGAGGAUAUGUGUAGAACAAUUCAUUAGAGACAACUGGACUUCUUUGAAUGUGAUGCUCGGAAAACAAACUGUUGAAGAAACAAAUAAAUGUGAAAGCUGACAUUCAUUGUUUUUGGGUCACUUUUAGGUUCAGCGAUGUUAAAAAACAUAAAAUGAAAUAUAAUAAAAAAUGCAUUGGA